AUGCCGAGCACCCCGCCCAUCAAGAGCUGGCGCUGUGGUUCGACGAUCGGACAGGGCUCCUACGGCACGGUGUGCAGGGCCCUGGAGAUGGAGAGCGGCUUCAUCUUCUGCGUCAAGAAGUCCGUGGUGACGGAGGAUGACGAAGAGGGCCAGAGGUACAUCCAGAAGCUGCGUGAAGAGCUGGACAUUUUGCGCUCCUUGCGGCACCAGAAUAUCAUUUGUUGCCUCGGCCACGAGUAUCGCAGCGACACCCUGUACAUUUUUAUGGAGUUUGCGGAGGGAGGGUCUUUGGCUACCAUGCUCAAGGAGUUUGGCCCGCUCGACGGACCAACGGCCGCGGUGCCGGGCAGCCAGGAGCUGGCGACCGUCCUCCUGGGCCUGACGACCACCUUCAUGUCCGCUCCAGAGUCUCCCAGUACACCUCGAUUGUUUUCGGCUGGGGCUCGUGGCAAGCGCUGCUGGAAGAAGAUGUUUGACAUCAGGCAUCGAGGGACUUUAGCCUUCUCCCGGCUCCAAACCUUUUUCCUUCGCCCAUGUCUCUCAGAGUCGCUCAUCACCACAAAUGUGAGCACCGCAGCCGAGGAUGGGGUCUACUUGUCCCUGUGCUCAGGCGGCGAUUCUUGCGACGACCGAACCAGCCGCAUGAUCCUGCUCUUCACCGUUGCACAAUUUGGAUGGGGCCUCUCCGUGACCUUCAUGGGCUUUGUUAUCGACAGCCGUGGGCCUCGCUUCGCAUGUGCGGUGGGUGGCCUGCUGGAGUCGGGUGGGCUGCUCCUUCUGGGCUCAGCACAGGGGUCCAGUGAGUCCGUGUUUGAUGGCUUCUUGGCGGGAGUCCUGAUGGUCUCCGUCGGUGGCGGAGCGAUUCAGGUCCAGUCCAUGAAGCUGCCCUUCUUGGUAAGUGCCCAACUCUUCCCACUGGUGAUGACAAUCGCCAACUGCCUCGACGAUGCUUCGGCCAGCGUCCCACUGGGCCAUUACCAGCUUUACCUGAAUGGUUUCAGCCGCUUCUGGAUCUUCACCGGCUACAGUGGCCUGUGCCUGGCGCUGUCCGCAGUGUUGGGUCUUAGCUGGUGGGGUCGACCAAACCGACGCCUCAGCGCCAUCAGCGCAGCCGAGCACCAGGAGUCCGAUUCCAAAGAGGGACCGCGGCCUCGCCUCCACGGGCUCCCGCUGCUCCAGCAGAUCGCAACCUUCGAGUUUGCCUUCGUCAUGCUGCGGAGUGUUGAGUUCUUCCGAAGCAACAUGUACGUCGGCCUGAACAAAGAGUGGCUGCGGUCCCUUGGUGACGGGGAGACACACAACACCUACCUCAAGAUCUUCACAGCAUCGCUACCCCUUGCUAUGGUCUUUGUGCCCCUCUUCAACCGAUGCCUCGCGCGCGGCUUCGUGUUCACCUUCGCGGUCUCCAUUGCUCUAGGCGAGAUCUGGAAUCUCAUCGCCCUGGUCCCCGUCCUCGAGCUCCAGGUCGUGGCCUUUGUGGCCUACACAAGCUGGCGGGCCUUGCUCUUUGCCUGCCUCUAUGUCUUCAUAGGGCACAGCUUCGGGAACCGGAGCUCUGGCACCAUCAGCGCCCUCACCACCAUCGGCGGCUGCGUCAUCUCGGGCCUCAUCUGGCCCUGCGCCAGGCUGUCGAAGGCGCUGGCUGGGACCCUUGCCCCGAUGAACAUGUUCUCGCUGCUCCUGAGCUUGCCUCUCAUACUGAUGACGCUGUCCCUGCAUCGGCACCUUGCCAUGUUCCCAUCUGGGGAGCUGCGGACCGAAAUUGGCAAAGGCAAAGGGCCUGCAGAGCGGCUCUUGCCAGAAGGCUCUUUGGUGCUAAAGGCACGGCAGCUCACCAUAUCUGGAAUUGGUGGGGCCAUGCUUCCAGCCACAGCUGAAGCCUAUCAUGAAGCCUGCUUGAAGCUAACAACUUUGAAAGAUCGACUAGUGGUGAAGGAAGGACAGCUCCUCCGCAACACCGUUAUGGGAAUGCUGCAAGGCUUGGCCUACCUUCACACACGAAGUCCCGUCGUCGUUCAUAGAGACAUCAAGAGCGCGAACGUGCUGCUGGACCUGGACUUCAAUGUGAAGCUGGCAGAUUUCGGCUGCUCCAAGCGCUGCCAGGAGGACCUCACAACGACGUUCAGAGCCACCGGCUCGCUCCUCUGGAUGGCGCCAGAGGUCGUUUUGGGGACCACCGGCUUCGGACGCAAGGCAGACAUCUGGAGCUUCGGCUGCACCGUCCUGGAGGCGAUGACCGCCGAGCCGCCCUGGGGCAGAGGUGCCAUUGAUGGAGCUCCUGCAGCAAUGAGGAAGAUCGGCUACUCGGAAGAGACUCCGCCCAUCCCAGAGGGGACUUCUGCGGCCCUCCUGUGCCUGCUCCAGAGCAGCCUGCAGCGGAGCGCCGAUCUAAGGCCUACGGCCACGGAGCUUCUGAGUUGCGAGUACUUCAUGCCCACGGUCAAGGACCGUCGCAGGCACCACGAGUCACGGGUGGCAUGGACGUGA